AUGCGCGAUUUGCGACCUGCCUCGCGGGUGUCCUCUCUUGUCUUCCUCCCCCCACCCUUACCUUCAGGCAUUCUCCUGGAACUUCCGUCCUUCCUCUCUUGCCGCGACGCCACCGUGUUCGCCCCAACCGACGCCGCGAUUCGCGCCUUGCCUCGCGCGGUGGCGCAACAGCUAGGGAGCGACGUGCAGCUUCUGCGAAACGUGGCUCUUCUAAACUUCGUUACGGGCAAGAAACGGCUGGCGAAGCUCGUCUCCCAACGGAGAGGCCACCAGUACAUCACUCUUGCUUUCAACGGCACUCAGCGGCUAAAGAAGGCGUCUUUUAAAGGGGAUUGGAGUGUUAGAGUGUACACUGAUAAAGGGCCGAAGGUGACUGUAACGAGGGGGAACGUUGUGAUGCUGAGAUCGGUGGCUGUGCAUGGAGUGAACGACGUGAUAAGACCAAAGGUGCUUGUAACGAAGGUGAGUGUAUCGGGACGAUGA